GCCACCCACCAGCUCAGGCACCAGCAGCAGCGCCGCCGCCGCCGCCCACCUUCUGCCACCGACACCACAGCUACUUUCUCCUCUGCUUCCCUCUACUGUCCUCGCCCUCUGUCGACUAUCAGGUGGGCUUUGAACCAGGAUGGCUGAACCCCGCCAGGAGUUCAACGUGAUGGAAGACCAUGCUCAGGGGGACUACACCCUGCUGCAAGACCAGGAGGGUGACGUGGAGCACGGCCUGAAAGAAUCUCCCCUGCAGACCCCGGCCGAUGAUGGAUCUGAGGAACCAGGCUCUGAAACCUCUGAUGCUAAGAGCACUCCAACGGCGGAAGACGUGACAGCGCCCUUAGUGGAUGAGGGAGCCCCCGGUGAGCAGGCGGCCGCUCAGCCCCCCACGGAGAUCCCAGAAGGAACCACAGCUGAAGAAGCAGGCAUUGGAGACACCCCCAACCUGGAAGACCAAGCUGCUGGACAUGUGACCCAAGCUUCUGCAGAGCCCCGGGUCUCAGAGCCCGAUGGGCCCGGGGAGGGGCCCCCAGCGGAAGGGCACGACGGGCCCCCCGAGUUCAUGUUCCACGUGGAAAUCAAAGCCAAUGUGCAGAAGGAACAGGGACCUUCGGAGGUGGAUUUGGAAGGGGCUGCACUUCCUGGGGCCUCUGGAGCAGAGCAAGAGCCCCGGGGCCCCUCUGAGGGCGAGGACACAAAAAAGACUGACCUUCCAGAACCAUCUGAAAAGCAGCCUGCAGCUGGUCUGCCGGGGAAGCCCGUCAGCCGGGUUCCUCAACUCAAAGCUCGCAUGGUCAGUAAAGGCAAAGAUGGGGCUGGACCCGAUGACAAAAAAACCAAGACAUCCACACCUUCCUCUGCUAAAACCCUGAACAAUAGGCCUUGCCUUAGCUCCAAACGCCCCACUCCUGGUAGCUCAGACCCUUUGAUCAAACCCUCCAGCCCCGCCGUGUGCCCAGAGCCAUCUUCUCCUAAACACGUCUCUUCUGUCACACCCCGAACUGGCAGUUUUGGAGCAAAGGAGAUGAAAGUCAAGGGGGCGGAUGGUAAACCUGGAACGAAGAUCGCCACACCCCGGGGAGCGGCCCCUCCAGGCCAGAAGGGCCCGGCCAACGCCACCCGGAUUCCAGCAAAAACCACUUCCACCCCAAAGACCCCGCCGGGCACUGCUACCAAGCAAGUGCAGAAAAAACCACCCCCUGGAGGGGCAAAAUCUGAGACAGGUGAAUCGGGGAAAUCCGGGGACCGCAGUGGCUACAGCAGCCCCGGCUCCCCAGGCACUCCGGGCAGCCGCUCCCGCACCCCUUCCCUGCCGACCCCGCCCACCCGGGAGCCCAAGAAGGUGGCAGUGGUCCGCACUCCACCCAAGUCACCGUCUGCAGCUAAGAGCCGCCUGCAGACCGCCCCCGGGCCCAUGCCAGACCUGAAGAACGUCAAGUCCAAGAUCGGCUCCACGGAAAACCUGAAGCACCAGCCGGGAGGCGGGAAGGUGCAGAUAACUAAUAAGAAGCUGGAUCUUAGCAACGUCCAGUCCAAGUGUGGCUCAAAGGAUAAUAUCAAACACGUGCCAGGAGGCGGCAGUGUGCAAAUAGUCUACAAACCAGUGGAUCUGAGCAAGGUGACCUCCAAGUGUGGCUCAUUAGGCAACAUCCAUCAUAAGCCAGGAGGUGGCCAGGUGGAAGUAAAGUCUGAGAAGCUGGACUUCAAGGAGAGAGUCCAGUCCAAGAUCGGGUCCCUGGAUAACAUCACCCACGUCCCUGGCGGAGGGCAUAAAAAGAUCGAAACCCACAAGCUGACCUUCCGCGAGAACGCCAAAGCCAAGACCGACCACGGGGCGGAGAUUGUGUACAAGUCGCCCGUGGUGUCGGGGGACACGUCCCCACGGCACCUCAGCAACGUCUCCUCCACCGGCAGCAUCGACAUGGUAGACGCACCGCAGCUGGCCACGCUCGCCGACGAGGUGUCCGCCUCCCUGGCCAAGCAGGGGUGGGGGUCCUGAGCUGAGGGGCUUCCCUCUGCCCCGCGGAAACCCUGUUUUAUUGAGUUCUGAAGGUUGGAACUGCAGCCACGAUUUUGGCACCUCACAGACCUGGGACUUUAGGGCUAACCGGUUCUUUGUAAGGACUUGUGCCUCUUGGGGGACAUCCGCCUGUUCCCAAGCCUGGGCCUCUGGCAUCUCUGGAGUGUACGGGGGCCUGGGAGGAGGCUCCUGAACCUCUCAUCCCUCCCACGGCCGCCGCAGCCACCUGUCUGCCCCCACCACGCCUGUGUCUGCCGUGCGGCGCCCAGCCACUGCCUGUACCCCUCGUUACGUCACGCCGUCCCGCGUUCCCAGCCUCACCCCACCCCCCUUCUCAGUAACGGACAUUGUUUAGAUGGGGAGGCACCUCCUCUGAACCAAGGGGGAAAGUCAAGGAGGGCAAAGUCCAGACACGGUGGGGGACCUCAGUCUCUCAGUCUAAGUUGUACUCAUCCAGCUGGCAUGUCCCUCACAAUGAACCUGAUGACCUUACUCGGUUCCCUGCCCUUGCCCCCAUCCCAGAUGGGAGCCAGGGUGGGGUUCGCAGUGACCCUGGACGUUUAUGCCGUGUUUACUUGGAGAGCCUUUUCUCCCAGAAGGCCUGGUUCCCUUCCUAUGCCGAGCUGGCAGCAGGUUGGCCGUCCUGGAUGCCAGAGAUGGCACGGGGAUGGGCAGGCAAGGCCCCCAGGGCAGGACCACGCUCCCUCCGUUCCUUACGUCUGCCCCAGCUUGUGACUGCCAGCCUCUCAGAGAGCCCAGCCGCUGCUCAACCCCAAGUGCAUAUAAUCAGCCCUCCACACCCCAAAAAGGGAAACACGCCCCCUCGGAAAUGGUUCUUCCCCCAGUCUCAGCUGGAAGCAAUGCUGUCUUGUCCUCCUGGAGCAGCUGAACAUAUACAUAGAUGUCGCCCCUCCCUCCCCAUCUGCACCCUGUCGCGUUGUAGUCGGAUUUGUCUGUUUAUGCUUGGAUUCACCAGAGUCACUAUGAUAGUGAAAAGAAAAAAAAAAAAAAAAAAAAAAAGGACGCAUGUAUCUUGAAAUGCUUGUAAAGAGAUUUCUAACCCACCCCCCAUGGGAGUCCUAGAUGUCUCUCACCCCCCAGCUGGGACUUGGAUCCAGAAGGCCAGUGUGACUCUCUUCUGUGGGGCCUCCCAAUUUUUGAAAGACUUUCAUCAACAUCUGGGACCCAACAGAGACCAGAUGCUGACAUCUGAGAACCCUCAGCUGCAAAGAAGGCCUGAAGCACAGGAGGAGGACAGAAGUUAUGGUACCCCCUCCCCGCCCCCGGGGCUCCCUUCUGUCAGGCAGGGGGCAGUGUGUCUUGUGGUGAAGAUGGCCCUGGAGAAGCCCCACAGCAGCCCUGAGAGAGGGUCGUACAACUCCCUGCGUCACGAGUGCCCACUGGGGAAUGGUCUGCAGCCCGCCCCUCAGCCCGGGGUCCCGCUCCAAGCUCUCCCGCAGGAAGGCUGGCCCAGGCCUCCCCACCCGGGGCCUGACGGCCACAGCAGGGGUUGGGAUGCACUGCCUGCCCUGGACCAGCCCCAGGGGCCUGAGCCUCCUGACAAGGGUGACAGGUCAGGAGACACCAUUUCCAAAUCCUUGGCCAGAGCCCCUGCUGACCUUGCAUGAAACCCAUCUCCUGCCAUGGGGAAAGGGAAGCAGCCUUUGUAGAAAUCUGCUGUUUGUUUGAAGAAAAUCAGCAACCUCGGCCUGGUUCUGCCACUUCUGAUUUGGGUACAGUUAAAGGCAACCCUAUGGGGCUGGGAUGGAGUCCAGGGCCAGACGCUUCAUCUGCAGCCAGAGGAUCAUCUGGGCCCAAAACUUCCCGCAGUGAGGCUCUCCUCUGUCCUCUGAGUCCCAGUUGGUCUUGGAAGGGUUCUGAGGAAGAAAGAGGAAACUUGGUGUGAAGAUCUGGUGGCCGUUAGAGAUGCAGCCCCUCAUUACUGCCACCGAUUCUGGCUGCAUUUCCUGAACCUCUCCCUGCAGUUUCUGCGCCCCGCUCUUCAGUACCUUAUUCCGAGGGCCUUACUUGGCGGGCACCUCGUGUUGCGUGGGCUGUUGGGAGCAGCCCGAAGAUCGUGGUUUAGGGUCAUCAGGUCAGUGCUGGCAGGGAGCCUGCAGAGCGCAACGCUGGCUUGGAACCGUCAACGAGGACAACCCCCCCUCCCCAGGGCUGGGCAUUCCCCCACCGCUGUUUC